AUGGCCGACCAAGCACAAGCAGCAGCCAACGCUGUCAAGGAUGCAGUCAACAACGUCACCGAGAAGGUGGGCGAGCUGACCACAGGCGACAAUGCCGCAGCCCCCACCCUGUACACGGACGAGGUGACGGGCGAGAAGGUCAGCAAGACCGAGCUCAAGAAGCGCCAGAAGCAGCGUGAAAAGGAGGCCAAGAAGGCCGAAAAGGCUGCCACCAACACUGCACCACCGGCCAAGAAGAAGACGGUCAGCGCCGAAGAGGAGGAGGCCCACCUGAACCCCAACCAGUACUUCGAGAUCCGCAGCAGAGCCAUCCAGAAGCUGCGCCAGAGCCACGAGCCCAACCCCUACCCGCACAAGUUCCACGUCGACUACGAUCUGCGCAAGUUCGAGCCCGAGUUCGGCCACCUCAAGUCGGGCGAGCACCUCAAGGACAAGACGCUGUGCAUCGGUGCCCGCAUCUACAACAAGCGUUCGUCGGGUGCCAACCUGUGCUUCUACGAUGUCCGCGCAGAGGGCGUCCGCAUGCAGAUCAUGUGCCAGUCGCAGGAGUCGACCAGCGACCGUUCCUUCGCCGACCAGCACGAGCUGCUCCGCCGCGGCGACAUCAUUGGUAUCAAGGGAUACCCCGGCCGCACAAACCCCCGCAACCGCGACCAGGGUGAGCUCUCGCUCUUCGCCCAGGAGGUUACUCUCCUCACUCCCUGCUUGCACCAGCUGCCCGACGAGUACUACGGCUUCAAGGACCAGGAGCAGCGCCACCGCCGCAAGUUCCUCGAUCUGAUCAUGAACGACCACACUCGCAGCACCUUCAUCACCCGCUCCAAGAUGGUCACCUACAUCCGCAACUAUUUCGACACCCGCGACUUUAUCGAGGUCGAGACUCCCAUGAUGAACGCCAUCGCCGGUGGUGCCACCGCAAAGCCCUUCAAGACAUACCACAACGACCUCGACAUGGAGCUGUACAUGCGUAUCGCUCCCGAGCUGUACCUCAAGCAGCUGAUUGUUGGUGGUCUCGAGCGUGUUUACGAAAUCGGCCGUCAAUUCCGUAACGAGGGUAUCGAUCUUACCCACAACCCCGAGUUCACCACUUGCGAGUUCUACGAGGCAUACGCUGAUGUCUACGAUCUCAUGGACACCACCGAGGACCUCGUUUCCAACCUCGUCAAGCACUUGACCGGUGGCUACGAGACCAAGUUCGAGACCCAGCACGGCGAGGUCUACACCGUCAACUGGGCCAAGCCCUGGAAGCGCAUCGAAAUGAUCCCCGCUCUCGAGGAGGCCUGCGGUGAAAAGUUCCCUGAAGGCGACCAACUACACAGCGACGAGACCAACGAGUUCCUCAAGCGCAUGCUCAAGAAGAUGAACGUCCAGUGCUCCGCCCCUCUCACAAACGCCCGCAUGCUCGACAAGCUUGUCGGUGAGUUCAUCGAGGAAAAGUGCAUCAAUCCCACCAUGAUCACUGGUCACCCCCAGAUGAUGUCUCCUCUGGCCAAGUACCACCGCAGCAACAAGGGUCUCUGUGAGCGUUUCGAGGCCUUUGUCUGCAAGAAGGAAAUUGUCAACGCCUACACCGAGUUGAACGAUCCCUUUGACCAGCGUCUGCGUUUCGAAGAGCAGGCUCGCCAGAAGGAGCAGGGUGACGACGAGGCCCAGCUUGUCGACGAGACUUUUUGCCAGGCUCUCGAGUACGGUCUGCCGCCUACCGGUGGUUGGGGUAUGGGUAUCGACCGCAUGGUCAUGUUCCUUACCAACCACUACUCGAUCAAGGAGGUUCUCACCUUCCCAUUCAUGAAGGACGACAAGUCUCAGGGCGAGAAGCCCAAGGCUGCCGAAGUUGUCGACGUCACUCCCAUGCCUGAGGAGGGUAUCCCCCACAAAUAG